CCAGCACCCCCUCCUCCCUUGUUCUCUUCAACGGCAGCCAACUGCCAGCCCUCGCUGGCCUUCGCAUGCAAGAGAUAAGAGUGGAGCCACCCCUCUCUGCUGCUGCAGCUGUUGUCAGUGCUGGCGGCAGUGAUGGUGGCAGCAUGGCUGGGGAAGCAGGAAGAGGCUCCUCUUCUCCCUCUUCGCCUUCUCCUCUGCCCUCGUUGCUGGACGAUAGAGCGCUGUGGGUGGUGUGUGCUGUGCGCCUGGUGCUGCUGCCCAUUGUUGGCAUUGUGGGAAUCAUGGCACUGUACAACGCCAGGAUCAUUCCACAGGACCCAAUCUGUGCUCUCACACUCAUGAUCCAGACCGCCAUGCCCUCGGCGCAGAAUCUUGUGCUCAUGUCGCAGCUAAGCCCGGGCACGAAGCCACUGGCUGGGAUGCUGGCGUCAUUAAUGCUACGACAGUACGCCAUUUCCAUGCUGCCAAUCACAGUGUGGAUCACAGUAUUCCUGGCGCGGCUAAACAUGACUAUCUGAGAGAUUUUGGAACGAUAGAGAGUGGCGGAUGUCCUUUCACCUCCUGCCUGCCACAGGGGUCCUUCUUUUGUGUGACCCACAAGCAAACACCGCGUAUGCAUGGCAGCUGCUAGGGAGGCCCAGCAGCAGCUCCAGCAGCAGCAGCAGCAGCAGCAGCAGCAGCAGCAGCAGCAGCAGCAGCAGCAGCAGCAGCAGCAGCAGCAGCAGCAGCAGCAGCAGAUCAAGAAGCACGGGACAUUUUUUUAGCCCCAUGAGCUGCCUGCCCUCCACAACUCGAGAAGCAGUGAUUCACUUGUAA